GCAACUGCCCGAACUUGCCCUCCUCUCCUCUCCUGGCGGCGAAUCUCCACCUCCAGGACAGUUAAGACCCGCUCCCACCGCCCCAUUCCGCGCAGCAGAGAUCCCUGCGCAGACACCCCCGUUUCUCCUUCGCUCGGGGCUCCGCCCCUCCCGGAAAGUAGAUCCGGCCAGGCAGACAAAAGUUUGGGAGAGAAGUUCCGUCCGUGCUGAGUGUGAGAGCGAGGGGGCGGGGGCCGGGAGCAGCGGGGCGGCCGGGCAAGUCGACGCGUGGACAGAUAGACCUGCGGACGGGACAGCCGUAGGCCCUCGGAGCCCUGCUCAGCCCCUGAUGCGCGGGGGUCCGCAGCCCCUCUUGCCGGGGAAUGCUGGGGGAUUCCUGGCGCCGGGCAUCUGGGCCGCCCGCUAAACCCUUGUGCCUACCCCGUGCCCCCGGGGAACCGGAGCCCGGCCGCAGGCAAAGAGAAGCGGGGGCCGAGACGCUGCUGGGUGCGGGGCGGGGAGGGGGCUGGAGGCCCCAGGCCCGAGGGCAUGGAGCGGUUGGGAGAGAAAGCCAGCCGCCUGUUUGAGAAGUUAAGACUCUCGGACUCCGGCAGCGCUAAGUUCGGCCGCAGAAAGGGUGAAUCUAGCCGGUCUGAUGGGACCCCCGGGCCGGCCAAAGGGCGCCUGAGUGGGUCGGGGGGACCGAGGAAAUCAGGGCCCCGUGGAGCUACCGGGGGGCCUGGGGAUGAGCCGCUGGAACCAGCCCGGGAGCAAGGACCCCUGGACGCUGAGCGCAACCCGCGCGGCUCCUUUGAGGCGCAGCGCUACGAGGGCUCCUUUUCCGGGGGGCCGGCUCCCACCCGGGCCUUGCCUCUACCUCAGUCACUGCCCCCAGACUUUCGGUUGGAGACCACGGCCCCAGCCCUCAGCCCCCGCUCCAGUUUCGCCAGUAGCUCCGCCAGCGACGCGAGCAAGCCGUCCAGCCCCCGGGGCAGCCUGCUGCUGGACGGGGCCGGGGCCGGCGGGGCCGGAGGGAGCCGACCCUGCAGCAAUCGCACCAGCGGCAUCAGCAUGGGCUACGACCAGCGCCACGGCAGCCCCCUGCCCGUCGGGCCGUGCCUGUUCGGCCCGCCUCUGGCUGGGGCUCCGGCGGGCUACUCGCCCGGAGGGGCGCCGUCCGCUUAUCCCGAGCUCCACGCCGCCCUAGACCGACUUUGCGCUCACCGGCCCCCGGGGUUCGGCUGCCAGGAAAGCCGCCACUCGUACCCCCCGGCCCUGGGCAGCCCUGGGUCUCUAGCCGGGUCUGGAGUGGGAGCGGCGGGGCCCCUGGAGAGACGAGGGGCGCAACCCGGACGACAUUCGGUGACCGGCUACGGGGACUGCGCGGCGGCCGCCCGGUACCAGGAGGAGCUCACGGCGUUGCUGCGCUUGACGGCGGGCACAGGUGGACGCGAGAUCGGUGCCCGCGGGGAGCCCUCGGGGAUGGAGCCGUCUGGUCUCGAGGAGCCACCGGGUCCGUUCGUCCCGGAGGCCGCCCGGCCCCGACUGCGGGACCCCGAGGCCAGAGAGGACUACUUCGGCACCUGUAUCAAGUGCAACAAAGGCAUCUAUGGGCAAAGCAACGCCUGCCAGGCCCUGGACAGCCUCUACCACACCCAGUGCUUUGUCUGCUGCUCCUGUGGGCGAACUUUGCGCUGCAAGGCUUUCUACAGCGUCAACGGCUCUGUGUACUGUGAGGAAGAUUAUCUGUUUUCAGGGUUUCAGGAGGCAGCUGAGAAAUGCUGUGUUUGUGGUCACUUGAUUUUGGAAAAGAUCCUACAGGCAAUGGGGAAGUCCUAUCACCCAGGCUGCUUCCGAUGCAUCGUGUGCAACAAGUGCCUGGAUGGCAUCCCCUUCACAGUAGACUUCUCCAACCAGGUGUACUGUGUCACCGACUACCACAAAAAUUAUGCUCCUAAAUGUGCGGCUUGCAACCAGCCCAUCCUCCCCUCAGAGGGCUGUGAGGACAUUGUGAGGGUGAUAUCCAUGGACCGAGAUUAUCACUUCGAGUGCUAUCACUGUGAGGACUGCCGGAUGCAGCUGAGUGAUGAAGAAGGCUGCUGCUGUUUCCCUCUGGACGGGCACUUGCUCUGCCACAGCUGUCACAUGCAGCGGCUCAACGCUCGACAGCCCCCUGCCAACUAUAUCUGAGCUGCGGUCACUGCUGCUGCCAUCACCACCAUUGACAAAUUCCUCUGGCCAGUGGGCCCCUGAGGCCAGCUGAGGCAAGGAUGUACCUUGCAGGCCUGGCAGAAGAGUCCUUUGGGGAGGGCCCCAAGGGCCAGAGACCCAAAGAUCAUGACAUUCCAAAUGGAUUGUGGAGGAGGAACCUUCCAGUUACCAUGGUGGGGGUGACUGGCUUCCUUCCCACAUGUGCAACCUGUGCUGUAGCAUAUACUUAAGCACACACAGGCGGGCUCCCAUACACUGUAAAGGUCUGAUUCUAGUCUGUAUUUCCAGUAUAAGUCUAUGUGUAAAUCAGCAAAUGCUGUGGUCCUGGAUUACAGGAAGGGAAGACAUCAUGGAAGCUCCUAACUAUUUUGUACCCCACACACGGGGUCAGAUAGGAGGUCAAACAGGUUCUUACCACACCACAGUCUCUUAUUUCUGUAUCUAGAUGAAGAGGUGGACCUUAUAAAUGAGUUAUUUCUUGGUCACCUGCUCUCUAAGGACUAAGAGAGCUGCUCACCUCAAGGCUGGGAAUAGAGACCAGCUCCAGGUGGGCUGCUGCCUGUAUUGCCUGAUUCUCAGGGACUCACGUGAGCCUGGGAAGACUAACUGGGUGCCUGUACUUCUCCUCAGCUGGUGGAGGUGGUAAUGAGUAGGCCUUGGGGUAUGGAAUUGCUGGGGGAGACAUUUAUGAAGCUUCGAGCUAGUCACACUCCCCAGGUGUAAGUGCAUUGAGCCCUCCGGCCCAGUAUAGGCACCCAGGGGCAUGUUCUCACACACACCUACUCGCUCCCUUCUCAGGUCACUCUUGCACCUGGUCCCUAGCAGCAGCUCACUACUCCAGAGCUGCCACCUUUCAGAGGGAUCCAGGAUUACAUCUACUGUAACCCCCAAACUUUGAGGUUCUGGGGCGCCACAGGGGCAGAACACUUUGACUUGGUUCUAGUUCAGUUUUGCUGAAAUUCGUUUACCUAAAGCUAGAUCUCUUAAAACCAUUUCACUGAAAACCUGUGUGUUCAAAGUUACUACCACUGCCAAAGGCUCAAAUCCCUUUUGGGUAUUUUUUUAUUUUUAUUUUUUUAGCCAUUUAGGUAUUCUAUUCUUUUUUGUCAUGCUUUGGGUAUUUCAAGGAUUUAUAUCUAUUCAUCCAAGAGUACUUCUGAAUUGCCAGCAACAUAAAUUUAUCAAAUUUGCAGCACUUUGUAAAUGAUAAGAUUGCUUCCUCCUACCUUGAUGGGUAUCUCUAUGUUAUUUGCUUUUCAAACACUUUUUUUAAAAAAGCUUAAAGUUUCUAGCAAUAAAUAUAAUUGGUACAGACAUUUUGUGUAUCAUUUUUUUGUGUGUUUCUUAAUCCAAUAUUCCUUUACAAAUUAGAUGCCCUGAAAAAAAUAACGAAGCUCAAUAUGAUUUUAUGCUUUGGUCUAACUUCUACACCCAUGCUGUUAAAAUGCCAAUAUAUCCAAAGCAAAUGAACAGGCAUGUGGCUUAUUCAGUUGACUAACAAUUCAAGGUUAUACAGACAACAUCAUUAAAUAGUGAAAGUGUGAAUCUGCUAGAUUCUUUUGAAAAUGCUGCAGAUUUGAUAAAUAUUUAUUUUAGACUAAUUAUCUCUAGGUAAAUUGGUUUUAGGCAAAUUAAUCUGAUAAUUAAUCUUGGAUCCUUAGUCUUCAUUCUCUAUCACUUAGAAUUUCACAGUGGAAAUGAUGACUCCUGAGAACAGACAUUUCACAUUUAGGGAUUAUUCUAAGAUGACUGUGCCAGCCAACUCGGGAAAUGCAGAGAAGAGACCUCAGUGCGAAUGUGAGUGAGAGAGUUCAGAUUCAUGCCACUGACUGCCUGAGGUGGGAAAUGCACUUUUUUGGAGGGAUGAAUGUUCUGGUCCUAGAUUACUUGUUCUACAGCUGAGAUUCUGAACUAUUAUCAUUAAAUAAGUGAGUACAAAGA